AUGUCCAUUGGAACACCACCAGUUGAGGUACUUGUAAUAGCCGAUACUGGUAGUGACCUGACAUGGGUUCAGUGUCUGCCUUGCGAUCCAUGUUACAAGCAAAAAUCUCCUAUUUUCGAUCCAUCACGAUCCUCGUCAUAUCGUCACAUGUUAUGUGGGAGUAGGUUUUGCAAUGCAUUAGAUGUUGCUGAGCAAGCUUGUGCCAUGGAUACAAAUACUUGUGAGUAUCGCUACUCAUAUGGAGACAAGUCCUACUCUAAUGGGAAUCUUGCUACUGAGAAGUUUACCAUUGGCUCCACUAGCAGCCGUCCAGUUCACCUAUCACCAGUUGUGUUUGGCUGCGGUACUGGAAAUGGUGGCACAUUCGAUGAGCUAGGUUCCGGCAUAGUUGGCCUUGGUGGUGGCACUCUUUCCCUGGUGUCUCAAUUGAGUUCAAAAAUUAAAGGUAGAUUCUCAUACUGUUUGGUGCCGCUAUCUGAACAAUCAAAUGUUACAAGCAAGAUCAAAUUCGGCACUGAUAGCAUCAUUUCUGGCGCCAAUGUAGUAUCCACUCCUUUGGUUUCUAAACAACCUGACACCUACUAUUACGUAACACUGGAGGCCAUUAGUGUCGGAAACACGAGGUUGCCUUAUACUAAUCGUUUGUUGAAUGGCAAAGUUGAAGAGGGUAACGUCAUCAUCGAUUCGGGUACCACAUUAACUUUUCUUGAUUCCGAAUUCUUCACCGAACUAGAAAGAGUGUUGGAGGAAACGGUGAAGGCAGAACGAGUUAGCGACCCUAGAGCACUUUUCAGCAUUUGUUUCAAAAGUGCAGGUGAUAUUGACCUUCCCAUCAUAACAGCUCAUUUCACUAAUGCGGAUGUGAAGUUGCAGCCAUUGAACACAUUUGUCAAAGCGGAUGAGAAUUUACUAUGCUUCACCAUGAUAUCAUCCAAUCAGAUAGGAAUAAUCGGGAACCUGGCUCAAAUGGAUUUUGCAGUAGGCUACGACCUAGAGAAGAGGACAGUGUCCUUCAAGUCCACUGAUUGCACCAAGCACCAGUAG